GCACUUCGUGCAUCUGGUGCCGUCGAAGCCACUUCAGCGCUGCCCGAACUGCUAAUUCACUCCCUCGCCAACAUUCCUCACGCCCCAGAUCGGAUUUGACCCAGGAAUCCCCGGAAGCCUGAAACUCUUAACACCCGCACGAAUUGUAAUGGUGCUGAUAAUGACGAUGAUGAUAAUAAUAAUAAUCUCUGAUGAAGAUUUUCUUGCAGGAGUUUUUCAUUCGGGUCCAAUGAAAAUCAAGAAACCCAUGUCCGGAUCAUUCCAAGAAAAGAUGGGUUUUCUUUAAACCACUCAGCCACUGGGAAGAGAAUCAUUGCGGACACGGCACCUGUCGGUUUGUGUCAGUUUUAAAGGAGAGACCAUGAAUUUUUUGCAGCGUUUCACCUUGUCUUCUUAAUCGUAGCACAAAAGCGACGACACUCCAGAUGGUAUCUCUUUUCUUGGCUCGGAAUCUAUCUAUAUAAAUAGUCUUUCUUCUUACAUAUCAAUCAUUAUCCUUGUUUUUUCGCGGACAUUGAGGAUCGAUCCAUCAGUGGGACCGAGGACAGGACAUUUCCAUGGCCAAGAGUGGUCUUGUCUUGUACGGUGGUGCGCUGGUUCUCUUGUGUUCUUGUUUUGUGUUGACUCUGUGUGCUCCCGAGAGCGCUCUGAUUACUCAGCUUCCUGGGUUCAAUGGCUCUUUCCCUUCCGAACACUAUUCUGGGUACGUGACGAUUGAUCCGGACCAUGAGAAGCGCUUGUUCUACUAUUUUGCGACAUCGGAAGGGGACCCAUCGAAGGAUCCGGUGGUUCUGUGGCUAAAUGGAGGACCGGGAUGCUCGAGCUUUGAUGGUUUCGUGUAUGAGCAUGGAUGUUUCGAUUUUGAAGCAGCAAAGACACAGCAAAGCCUACCGCAUCUGCAUUUGAAUCCCUACAGCUGGUCCAAGGUCUCCAACAUUAUUUACUUGGAUUCUCCUGCUGGUGUUGGAUUUUCUUAUUCCAAAAAUUCGAGCGACUACAAAACUGGUGACAUAAAGACCGCUCUUGAUUCUCAUACAUUUCUCCUCAAGUGGUUUGAGCUCUACCCGGAGUUCCUUCCCAACCCAUUCUUCAUAGCUGGAGAGUCGUAUGCAGGGAUCUAUGUGCCAACUCUUGCGAUUGAAGUAGCGAAUGGUAUUGAUACUGGAGUGAAGCCCGUUCUCAAUCUCAAGGGUUAUAUUGUUGGUAAUGGAGACACUGAUGAGGAAUUUGACGGCAACGCUCUCAUUCCAUUUGCGCAUGGGAUGGGCCUGAUUUCAGAUGACUUGUUUGAGGAGGUUAAGAGGGAAUGCAAGGGGAAUUACUAUAAGCCACUCAGUUCAACUUGUGAGAGCAAACUCACAAAAGUUGAUCAGGAUGUAGGUGGUUUAAACAAAUAUGACAUCCUAGAACCAUGCUACCAUGGGCCAUCAACGUGGUCAGUUCCGGCUGAUAAUGACAGGUUACCUGCUAGCUUUAGGCGAUUGGGAGAGACUGAGCGACCUCUUCCUGUGAGAAAUAGGAUGUUUGGCCGUGCCUGGCCUCUUAGAGCUCCUGUGAGGGAUGGACGUGUUCCAACAUGGUCGGAGCUUCUCAAUAGCAACUCUAUUCCAUGCACUGAUGAUGAAGUUGCGACCACGUGGCUGAAUGAUAAAGAUGUCAGGAAAGCGAUUCAUGCAGAAGAGCAAAGCAUGGCGGGCACUUGGAAGUUAUGCACAGACAGAAUCUCAUUUUAUCAUGAUGCUGGAAGCAUGAUUAAGUACCACAAAAACCUCACUGCUAGGGGGUAUCGAGCACUCAUAUACAGUGGUGAUCAUGAUCUGGGCCUUCCCUACACCGGUACCCAAGCAUGGACAAGGUCUAUGGGGUAUAAAAUCGUGGAUGAGUGGUGGCCUUGGACUUCCAAUGAUCAAGUUGCCGGGUACCUUCAAGGAUAUGAAAACAACCUCACCUUCCUAACCAUCAAGGGAGCUGGACACACGGUCCCAGAAUACAAACCUCGAGAGGCACUGGAUUUCUACAGCCGUUUUCUGGCAGGAAAGCGGAUAUGAUGGGAAAGUGGCGUGCUUUUCAAUGCCCGUAAUUGCAGAAUAGAGAGCGGAGGGAGAGAGAGAUUCGGAGAAAUACUUUCUUCCAUCUCGUGCUUUUCUCCUUCCACCUCUGAUAUGAAAUCUGGAGGAACAUAAAGAUGUCAAUAGAACACAAAUUGUUUAUACAGAGGGACAACAAACGUGCAUUUCAAUUUCAACAUCAAAAUGCUUCGGCAGUUGUUCCCCGAAAGCGCACUGAUCUGCUGAUGCUGAAGCUAUCGACUGGACAUGAAACAGAACCGGUCACUCUGCUUGCAUUUUCUGGUAAUACAUUUAGGGGGCUAAUAUGAAGAUUCGUUCGAAA